AUGGGAUCUCUUAAGCCAGUUCAAAAUCUACCUGAAACGUCUCAAACUCUCUCAAAGUAUGAAGAUAGGCCUGGACAAAUAGAAACGUUUCUUGCUUAUACGAAUAAUAACUUUAGCUGGCCCCCCUCAAUGCCGGAAUAUAUGAGGAGAUAUUGUUUCCACCAGAUCACUGAUCACAAAAAUGAUUGGGUGACCGUAUACAACCAGGAAAUAAAGGCAUAUGGAAAAGAGUAUAGCGACGAUAAAUUGAACCACAUUUUCAAAGAGAUGCCUGGUGCCAUACAACUUCCAGUUAAUCAGAAAAGUCUGCCACGCAGUAAAAAAAGAAAGAUGGUAACUACUAAGCGUGUCAUUGAUAAUGGGUGUGAUUACAAGUCCAGAGUUGGCGUUAGAAGACCUGAAGAACCUGAACUAGUUGCUCUGAUCAAUUAUAACUUAUAUGAUCGUUAUGAUAAUCAUAAAAAAUAUGAAUGCGUCAUAGACACAGGUGCACCUUCGACGAUCUUUCCAUUUCAAAUUAAAAGAACACUUGGAGAUGAGGGAUGGAAUUUAAGACCUAUAGCAGGCUCAGGUUAUGGAGGUGGCGUAACUGAAAUCCAUGCAAAUAAAAUGUUUGAAGUCCAUCUCAGCGAUAGGUGUAAUUGGACAAAAUGGGUCCCAGCAAAGAUUACAGUCUGUGAUCAAAAACCUGGUGAUGAAGUAGAGCAUGCACUCAUCGGUAAUGAUGUUACCGACCAACUUGCAUACGCACACGAACCGAACCGUCCAAUAAAAUUUUUAGAUAGUACAGAUGAAGAAAAGCUCACCCAGUUUUUGAGUACAUGUAAUUAA